CAGAUGAGAUGAUCUCAGGCCGGAAAGAAAAGAAGCUCCCAUUUACGUUUUAACAAACCUCGAUCCGAGUCAGCACAGCGAAGCCCCGACCCAUCUUCAGUUCGUGAGCCUUAGCCCUUAAGCUUCUCGUCCCUCCCUUCCCGCUCCCCCACCCCGCCCACCCUUAUAAUAAGAAUGCGCGGCCGUCACUCCCGACGUGAUCACUACGUGUUUCCAACGCGAUCACGUACGUACGGCUUUGCACGACUAGCGCGUACGCGGCAGCAAGCAAGGAAGGGUGCGUGCGCGCAUGGACCGGGCGGGCGCGGAGAUCUACCGGCUGCCGGAGGAGUGCGUGGCGUACGCCAUCUCGCUGACGACGCCCGCCGACGCGUGCCACUCGUCCGCCGUGUCCCCGACCUUCAAGGCCGCCGCGGACUCCGACGCCGUCUGGUCCCGGUUCCUUCCGCACGACCACGCGGCGGUUUUGGCCCGCUCCGACGAGCCGGUGGAUUGCGAGUCCAAGAAGGAGCUCUUCUCGCGCCUCUGCAACCGCCCGGUCCUCCUCGACGACGCCACCAUGAGCUUUGGGUUGGAUAGACGGAGCGGGGCCAAAUGCUUCAUGCUGUCGGCCAGAGCGCUGAGCAUUGUCUGGGGAGACGAUCCUGCGUGCUGGAUAUGGACCACUAGCGUACCAGGAUCAAGGUUUCCGGAGGUCGUCGAGCUCGUCAACGUGUGCUGGCUGGAGAUCACCGGGAAGCUUAGCCUCUCCCUGCUUUCUCCCGGGACGACCUACGCCGCAUACCUCGUCUUCGCCCUCGCCGACGACUCCUACGGACUCGAGUGCAACGUCGGCAUCCUGCCUCCCAAGGCCACGGUCACCGUCGUCUCCGGGAGGAAGGCGAUGGCGACGACGACGUCGACCGAGCACACCAUCUGUCUGCAGCACAUGCAGGGGGAGGAGGAGAUGGUCAUGCACCGGCGGAAGCAGCAGUACAUGCGCCUCCGCAAGGACUACGGGCGGAAGCUGCUGACGAGGGAGGCCGACCCCGACAUCAAGUGCCCACGGCGGAGGGGGGACGGGUGGGUGGAAGUUGAGAUGGGCGAGUUCGCCGUGGCGGGCGACGCCGCCAGCGGUGAGGACGGGGUGGUGGAGGUGAGCCUGAAGGAGGUGGAUUGCCGGCGGUGGAAGAGAGGUCUCAUCGUGCAAGGCAUUGAUAUAAGGCCCAGGCACACAAGCUAGCUAGCUUCUUGGUUGGUUAUUUUUUCAUCAACAGCUAGCGGAUUUAUUCUACAGCAAAACAAACUGCCGAUUAAUAAGGCCCGGAAAGGAACAGGCAGCUCAAGCUGGUCCUUUUCUAUGGGCAAAUAACACUGCUUUAAAAUGAGCGUCAAUUGGCCUGGUCUAAAUACUUUUGAGCGGGAUUAAGCCUUUUCUUUUUGUGUGGUGCAGUGUGGGCAGGGUUUGUGCCUCUGCGGUGAGGUAAUGUACUUAGGGGACAUGCAUGCAAUGGCAUGACGACGCAUAUAUAAGAUCGAUGAUAACCACAAUGGCCUAUAAAUAAUCGUAAGUGCAUUUGAUCGGGGCGGGCGUUAGUCGAUCUUGUUUGUACCUACUAAUCUAUGUACUUACGUGUCCAGCAGUCUCGCUCAGGGCCAACAUGAGAUUGCAAGUGUACCAUUUCUUGUAAUAGUGUUGUAAUGUUAAAUCCACGUAUUUUAAUGUGGCUGUUUCUUGUUCCAUCGAUCUGUAAC